CUCUCAUCGCCCUCUUCCCUAUACCCUACCACCUACCGUUCACCUCCAGCCUUGAUUUCAUCUUACAGUCGUUCUUUCUCUCAUCUGUCCAACCUCCUCCUUCCUUCUCUCGCUUCUAUCGCUGCGGUAUAAGGCAGGAGGCGAGGAGAGUCGCAAGUCACCCUACAAAAGCUGGGCCAGGGCAGCCACCACACCAAUUGCAAGAACCAAGCCCCUACGGCGCGCUUCUCCUGCAGGUGCAUCGUCUGAGCAACCAUCGCUGCUACUGACGCCCUCACUGUCGUUUCACAACAAUCAACUGUAUUUGCGACCGCCUUUCUUCCCUCUACCUGUCGACAUUGUCCUUACAGUCAGAAUCAAGCUCCCUAAUAAUCGUCUGAAUUGGAUCUCCAGAGACCAAACUACAAUCUUCAACCACUGUCCACCUUUCCUAUCAUUUCUGCCCUAAGAACAGAAGCCACUCGCUGUUUACCACUCGCAUACAUCCAAUAAUAUUCAACCCCUUGAACACACAAGAUCUUGCAGCCACAGGCACGGUCAGCUGAAGAGAUUUAUAAUUGAUGGGAUUCUUGUGAGACACCACACUCGUUCAACAUGUCUGGCCACCCGCAACAACACCACGGCGGCUACGAUGAUGGCUACGGCCAGCAACAGCAUCAUCCUAAUGAUGCCUACUACCAGGACGGGUACAAUGACCAGUACUACGACGAAAGAGAUCAAAGAGAUCCUCGUCAGCAGCACGGAGGACAGGGCUACUACGAUGAAUCUGGUUACUACAACGCCGACGCGUCCAACCCCUAUCACAACGAUGGCGGCUACUACGAAGGCCAUCAGGGUUAUCAAGAUGAUUACUACGACGGCCAAUACUACGACCAAGGUGCUGCCGGACAGCACCAGAAUGGUCAGCAACCUCGGCGCCGCGGUCACGACUCCGAAGAAGACUCAGAGACAUUUAGCGACUUCACCAUGAGAUCCGACAUGGCUCGUGCCGCUGAGAUGGACUAUUACGGUCGAGGGGAUGAGCGUUAUAACAGUGGUUACGAUAACCGCGGAUACCGGCCCCCGUCUUCCCAGAUCUCAUAUGGCGGAAAUCGGUCUUCGGGUGCAUCUACUCCCAUCUACGGCAUGGACUAUAACAACGCCUUGCCCGCUGGUCAGAGAUCACGAGAGCCAUAUCCCGCUUGGACCUCGGAUGCCCAAAUCCCUCUGUCUAAAGAAGAGGUUGAAGACAUCUUUUUGGACCUGACUGCAAAGUUUGGUUUCCAAAGAGACAGCAUGCGCAACAUGUAUGACCACAUGAUGACAUUGUUGGACUCUCGAGCCUCGCGAAUGACUCCAAACCAAGCUCUGCUGUCUCUCCACGCUGACUAUAUUGGUGGUGACAACGCCAACUACCGCCGAUGGUACUUCGCAGCUCAUUUGGAUCUUGAUGACGCUGUUGGCUUCGCCAAUAUGAAGCUUGGAAAAGCAAAUCGCCGCACCAGAAAGGCCCGCAAGGCCGCCGCAAAGAAGGCCAAAGAAAACCCACAGAACGAAGAACAGACUCUCGAGGCCCUGGAAGGUGACAAUUCCCUUGAAGCAGCAGAAUAUCGCUGGAAGACCAGAAUGAACAAGAUGUCUCAGCACGAUCGUGCCAGGCAGAUUGCUCUCUACCUCCUCUGCUGGGGAGAGGCUAACCAGGUCCGCUUCAUGCCUGAGGCCCUCUGCUUCAUUUUCAAGUGUGCCGAUGACUACCUGCACUCACCCGCAUGCCAGGCCAGAGUCGAGCCUGUUGAAGAGUUCACCUAUCUCAAUAACGUCAUCACCCCACUGUACACUUACAUCCGAGACCAAUGCUACGAAAUCGUGGAAGGCAAGUACGUGAGACGCGAGAGGGACCACAACCAGGUGAUUGGUUAUGACGACAUCAAUCAAUUGUUCUGGUAUCCAGAAGGUAUUGAGCGCAUCGUCAUGCAAGACAAGUCUCGCAUCGUCGACCUUCCGCCUGCGGAGCGAUACCUCAAGCUUCAAGAUGUCAACUGGAAGAAGGUUUUCUUUAAGACGUACAAGGAAACCCGAUCUUGGUUCCACCUGUUGGUCAACUUCAACCGUAUCUGGGUCAUCCACAUCACAACUUUCUGGUUCUACACUGCAUUCAACUCUCCCACCCUCUAUACAAGCAACUACCAGCAACAACUGAACAAUCAGCCUGAUGCCCCUGUUCAAUGGUCUGUUGUUGCUCUUGGAGGUGCAGUCGCGACUCUGAUUCAAAUUCUGGCAACUUUGGUCGAAUGGUCUUACGUUCCACGACGAUGGGCCGGCGCUCAGCAUCUGACCAAACGACUACUCUUCUUGAUCGGGGUCUUGAUCGUUAAUGUUGCACCUAGCGGCUACAUUUUCUUCUUUAAUCAGACCUCAAGAAUCUCAUUGAUUCUAGGUGUGGUUCAGUUCUUGAUCGCAUUGGCAACAUUCUUCUUCUUCUCUAUCAUGCCUCUAGGCGGAUUGUUUGGAAGUUACCUCACGCGCAACUCUCGUCAGUAUGUCGCCAGCCAAACUUUUACUGCGUCAUACCCACGUCUCAAAGGCAAUGACAUGUGGAUGUCUUACGGCCUCUGGGUUAUGGUCUUUGCUGCCAAACUUGCCGAAUCGUACUUUUUCCUGACGCUCUCCUUCCGAGAUCCUAUCAAGAUUCUCUCAUACACCAAGAUCAGAAACUGUGUUGGAGAUGCCAUUCUCAAGGAUUAUCUGUGCAAGGUGCAGCCGCAGAUCUUGCUUGGUAUCAUGUUUUUCACAGACUUGGUCCUCUUCUUUUUGGACACAUAUCUGUGGUACAUCAUCUGGAACUGCGCUUUCUCGGUCGCUCGAUCCUUCUAUUUGGGUGUGUCCAUUUGGACCCCAUGGCGAAACAUCUUCUCCCGACUUCCAAAGCGUAUUUACUCGAAAGUUCUUGCCACCACAGACAUGGAGAUCAAGUACAAGCCAAAGGUCCUGAUUUCACAGGUCUGGAACGCCAUCGUCAUCUCCAUGUACAGAGAGCAUCUUUUGGCCAUUGAUCACGUCCAGAAACUCCUGUAUCACCAAGUUCCGUCGGAGCAGGAGGGUAAACGCACUCUUCGCGCCCCUACUUUCUUCGUCUCACAGGAAGAUCACUCGUUCAAAACCGAAUUCUUUCCCUCUCAGAGCGAGGCUGAGCGUCGUAUCUCUUUCUUCGCGCAGUCUCUGUCCACGCCGAUUCCCGAGCCACUUCCCGUUGACAACAUGCCUACUUUCACCGUCCUUAUUCCUCAUUACGGCGAAAAGAUCCUGCUCUCCCUUCGAGAAAUCAUUCGGGAAGAUGAACCAUAUUCACGAGUUACACUUCUGGAAUACUUGAAACAACUCCAUCCUCACGAAUGGGAUUGCUUUGUCAAAGAUACCAAGAUUUUGGCCGACGAAACAUCGCAAUUCAACGGUGAUUACGAAAAGUCAGAAAAGGACACAGCCAAGAGCAAGAUUGACGAUCUUCCCUUCUACUGCAUUGGUUUCAAAUCUGCCGCCCCAGAGUACACCCUUCGGACUCGUAUCUGGGCAUCUCUACGGUCUCAAACCUUGUAUCGCACGAUUUCUGGUUUCAUGAACUACAGCCGAGCGAUCAAGCUGCUUUACCGUGUCGAGAACCCAGAAGUGGUACAGAUGUUUGGUGGUAACUCAGACAAGUUGGAGCGUGAGCUCGAACGCAUGGCUCGCCGCAAAUUCAAGAUUGUCGUCUCGAUGCAGCGCUAUGCCAAGUUCAAGAAGGAAGAACGAGAGAACACCGAAUUCCUUCUGCGUGCCUAUCCAGAUCUUCAGAUCGCUUACUUGGACGAAGAGCCACCCGCUGUCGAGGGCGAAGAACCCCGCUUGUACUCCGCUUUGAUUGACGGACACUCUGAACUGAUGGAGAACGGCAUGCGACGACCCAAAUUCAGAGUGCAGCUCUCUGGUAACCCAAUUCUCGGAGAUGGAAAGUCUGACAACCAAAACCACGCCAUUAUUUUCUACCGUGGAGAAUACAUCCAGCUCAUUGAUGCCAACCAGGACAACUACCUUGAAGAGUGUUUGAAGAUUCGCAGCGUUCUGGCCGAAUUUGAGGAAAUGACUACUGAUAACUCGUCUCCUUACACUCCAGGUGUUGCUCCCACCAAGACCAACCCCGUUGCAAUCUUGGGUGCUCGCGAGUACAUCUUCUCUGAAAACAUCGGUGUCCUCGGUGACGUUGCUGCCGGAAAGGAACAAACAUUCGGUACUCUCUUUGCUCGUACAUUGGCUCAAAUCGGUGGAAAACUCCAUUAUGGUCAUCCCGACUUUUUGAACGGCAUCUUCAUGACUACCCGUGGUGGAGUGUCCAAGGCUCAAAAGGGUCUCCAUCUCAACGAAGAUAUUUACGCUGGUAUGAAUGCAUUGAUUCGUGGUGGCCGCAUAAAGCAUUGCGAAUACUACCAGUGUGGUAAAGGUCGUGAUCUUGGAUUUGGGUCCAUCCUCAACUUCACUACCAAAAUCGGUACUGGUAUGGGUGAACAAAUGCUGUCCCGAGAGUACUAUUAUCUCGGAACCCAACUGCCACUGGAUCGUUUCCUCUCAUUCUACUACGCACAUCCGGGUUUCCACAUCAACAACAUGUUCAUCAUGUUGUCUGUCCAACUUUUCAUGAUUGUUCUCAUCAACCUUGGAGCUCUUCGCCAUGAGACCAUCCUGUGUAGGUACAACCGCAAUGUACCUCCCACCGACCCUCUCCGACCAACAGGAUGUACCAAUUUGACUCCCAUCAUGGAAUGGGUGGACCGUUGCAUUGUGUCCAUCUUCAUCGUCUUCUUCAUCUCCUUCGUCCCUCUGGUUGUCCAAGAAUUGACUGAACGUGGAUUCUGGCGCGCAGCUACUCGACUGGCCAAACACUUUGCUUCAGCUUCCCCAGUCUUUGAGGUGUUUGUCUGCCAAAUCUACGCGAGCUCGAUCCAACAAGACUUGUCCUUUGGCGGCGCACGAUACAUUGGAACUGGUCGUGGCUUUGCAACUGCCCGUAUUCCAUUCGGUGUCUUGUAUUCGCGAUUUGCGGGACCGUCAAUUUACAUGGGAGCUCGGUCGCUGAUGAUGUUGAUCUUCGCAACCAUUACUGUUUGGGGAGGCUGGCUCACAUGGUUCUACAUCACACUGGUUGGCCUUUGCAUUUCACCCUUCAUCUUCAACCCACAUCAGUUUGCCUGGACCGAUUUCUUCAUUGAUUACCGAGAUUACCUUAGAUGGCUGUCUCGUGGUAACUCGCGAUCGCAUGCUUCGUCCUGGAUUGCAUUCUGCAGACUCUCCCGAACUCGUCUUACGGGUUUCAAGCGCAAGGCGCUCGGAUCCCCAUCAGAGAAACUGUCAGGUGACGUGCCACGAGCGAGAUUUACCAGCAUCUUCUUCAGUGAGAUUAUUGGACCCCUCGUUCUAGUGGCUGUGACGUUGAUUCCUUACCUCUUCAUCAACGCACAAACUGGUGUCACCGAAGAUGUUCAACCUGCCACGAAUUCGCUGAUCCGACUGGCUAUUGUAGCAUUUGCGCCAAUUGCCAUCAAUGCUGGCACUCUAGCGGUCUUCUUCGCCAUGGCAUGCUGCAUGGGCCCGGUUCUGAGCAUGUGCUGUAAGAAAUUCGGCUCGGUGCUUGCUGCCAUCGCACACGCUAUCGCUGUCAUUAUGCUCUUCGCUUUCUGGGAAGUCAUGUUCUUCCUCGAGGGAUGGAACUUUGCAAAGGCACUCCUAGGAAUGAUUGCAGUGGUGGCUCUCCAGCGAUUCGUCUUCAAGCUGAUCAUUGCUCUUGCUCUUACGCGAGAGUUCAAGGCCGAUACCUCCAACAUUGCAUGGUGGACUGGCAAAUGGUACUCGAUGGGAUGGCAUUCCAUGUCUCAACCAGCUCGAGAAUAUCUCUGCAAGAUCACGGAGUUGGGUUUCUUCGCGGCUGACUUCAUUUUGGGACAUCUGAUCAUGUUCACAUUCCUCCCUGCAUUGUGCGUUCCUUAUAUCGACAAGUUCCACUCGGUUAUGCUUUUCUGGCUACGCCCAAGUCGUCAAAUCCGACCACCAAUCUACUCGAUCAAACAAUCACGUCUCCGCAAGAGGCGUGUCAUUCGUUAUGCCAUCCUGUACUUCCUGCUCCUGAUUCUCUUCCUUGUCUUGAUUGUGGGACCAGUCAUUAUCCGCAAAUUCUAUGUGGUGGAAGUUAAUAUUCCAUUGAACCUUGCGCAACCCACGAAUCAAAACAACAACGACACCUUUGCCAGCAUCACUGGCUCAGCGUUGGUUGACUUUGGCAAUGGUGUUGAUUCUGGUCCGACUGCUGGCGGCGGUGGCGGCGGCAGCGGUGCUACUGCUACUACAGCGACCACCACUGGUGGUAAUGCUCCGUUCACUUUCGGAGGUGGGCGAUUCGUUCGUUGGUGAUGGGCCAAUAUUUCAAAGGCAGUGGCAGUUUGGCUACUCUGUAUGCCGAUUGUGUUAGGGAUGGGCUCCGGGGGAGGGCGAGUGAGGCUGGAAAAGACCAAUACUGGGUCAAUCAUUGGCUCUGUCACAAAACAUGCACACUAAUGAUUGAAACGGCAAAUAGAUCAAUCGGCUUGUACAUCCAUUGAGGGUUAUGGUGAUUGUAUAUCGUCAGACUCGAAGGGAAGCAGGCUUGUAUCAUUGGGGAAAAGGAGUUUUUGAGGGCAAGGACAUGUUUUUUUCCUGUUAGAAACACCUGAUACUGUACAUGACAAUUGAAAUUGCACUUGCAAAUGAACAGGAUUUUCAUAAUGAUUGAGAGCAGUGAUAGUGAUGGUCAUGUAAAAAGGGUUGAGAUAUGCAAAGGUGUGGAUGUUUGAUUUGAUUGCUU